AUGUCAGAUUAUUUACGUCAUAAAGGUAAAUUUGCAAAAAAAAAAGUGUUAGAUAAUAAUAUAAAGAAAGUGAUUAAUAUCAAACGAGGAAAAGAAGAACGUGAUAAAAUAGUAAAUCCUCACAGCAAAGUUGAUGAAAUUUGUCCUGGUAGACGUAUUGUUGAGUUGUCGACACUUGCAAAAAAUUUAAAAUGCAAAAAUUGUCAAGGAUUACUAUCAUUAGAAAAUGUUAUCAACGAAAAACGUGUUGGACUUAACUCCAUCCUAGCAAUUCUUUCUGUUUUGGGUACUGUCCAUGCUGGUAUGGGAUGCACAGCAUUAAAUAAAUUAUUGGCUUGUUUAAAUAUUCCAACAAUUUCAUCAACAUUAUUUAAAAGAUAUGAGAGAGAAAUUGGCCCGGCCCUGGAAGAAAGAGCUAGAGAAAGUUGUAAACAGGCAGCUGAAGAAGAACGUCAAUUAGUUAUAGAUAAUAUUAUAAAUUUAAGUAAAGAACUCCCUCCAGAAAUAGUGCAAGAAAUUUAUCUUUUUAUGACUGAUCUUCAAGCUUCAAAUGCUGAAAAUAUAUCAUCAUUAGACUGUAAUAAUAAUACCACGGUUUAUAAUCCGGCGAAAUUCGAUUUAGCUGUAGGACAAAUAGUUAAUAUUAUCCUCUCAUAUGAUAUGGGAUGGAGCAAGCGUGGAAACGGUAGAAGCUACGAUAGCCUUAAUGUGAGUCAAAAUAAGGGUAAUGCUGCUCAACUAGCUGAUGCUUUACGUCAAAUUCCGGAUCAUGCAUUUGGUAAUCACGAAAACUGUGAUGCAGGGUUGUACAAUAAGUUGAAACAGAUAUUUAUAAAAUAUGCAAACAAUGCAGCUAAAUUUUCGAUUGCUGCUUCAAGCCAAGCAAACGAAAGUGUCAAUAAUAUAAUGGCUCACAAAGCACCGGAAAACCGGUGUUACAGUCUCAGUGAGUCUGCUGAUUUUCGGUUGGCUAGUACAGUUUGUACAAAAAAUGAUGGUGAUGGUCAUCUAUUGGAUGUAAUGUUAAAGCUGAAUGUUUCCCCAGGGCAGAAGAGAGAAUUUGCGGAAAAAAAAGAAAAUACUGAAGGGAUAAAUUAUCAGUCUAAUUGCGGUUUUGAUAUUGACUCAGAAAAAACUAAUUUUGCUUUGGAACCUCAAUUUUUGGAAACGUUGCAAUCUACUCAGCAAAAUCUCGUUAAUCAAGAAGACUUCACUAUCGUUUAUUUUGAUUUAGAAACUUCAGGUUUCGAGAAAAAUGCUGACAUAUUACAGAUUGCAGCCAAAUUCAAAGAUUAUUCUUUCAGUCUUUACGCGAUACCGACAAAAAAAAUUAAUCCAUCUGCAUCUAAAGUAACAGGUCUUCAUCAAAAAUGUGGGACGCUUUAUUUACGCGAUAAAGAAAUUGAAGCGAUAACGUUAAAAGAUGCUCUGCUUUCCUUUCAAGAGUUCUUAAAUAUUUCUUGUAAGCCAUGUUUAUUAGUUGCUCAUAAUGCUGCAUUUGACACCCCUGGCGGAUUCGGGUUCACA